UCCUCAAGACGCACGCAGUUUUAUUAACCGCUAGAGCGUCGGUCAAAUGUUAUAGUGUACAUUUAAUUUUAAUUGUAGCAUUUAAAUGUCAUGAAAAAAAGAAUUAAGAGAAAGAUGAUGCAUUAUGUUCCGUUUCUGAACUCUAAAGAUUUGUGCUCUGCCUCUCACAUAGGCUGCUGGAAAACCGUGGUGAUAUGCUCUGGACUGUCUAUCCAAGAGCGACUUCCAGUGAUCAGAAAAAAAGAAAAAAAAAAAAAAAAAGAAACACUUGGUGUAUUAAAUUGACACUGAAUGUAUUGGGCAGUAGAUAAUAAAGUUUGCAUCUUUCCAACUGCAGCCAUGCAGGCCUAUAUUACAUGAUUUUAUUGACUGUGUAGUGAAAAAACUUGCUGUACAUAUUACAGACGCGCCCCCUACAGCGGCAGAACACUAGAGGUUCGAGGUGUGUUGAGUGGGCUUCUUCUACAACACCAGUGGACAAGUAUCAUGGGGCAGGUUCUGAUUUGUCUCGUGCGGUGUCCACUGUCACGAGCCCAGAGCUCGUGGUCACGUGAUUCCCGCCGCAGCUGAAGGAGAGCGGAGAGCGAUUCAAGGAGAACGUCUCAUUCACAUUCACACAUCUUUAUUUGACAGCAUGCACUUCAUAGAGCUUUUAAUAUUUUAAAAGCUAUGUAUUGACCAGCUAGUGUGACGUAUGUGCUGCAGAUGAUGUGUCACGUUUGAAUAUGAUGCGCUUUAUUCUAGACUGCCUGCGGCCGGCACGAGCGCGCGCUGCAGCCGCUGCAAGGGACACGGAGCUUCAGGCUCAAGUCAAAGACUCUUCUGACGAUAACGAAAUCAAGGGUCUGAAGGAUGAGGUGCAUAUGGAAGAGGAGACACUUCAGACAGUCAAGGCUUUGUGCCGUAACACACAGGAGACCAUGGAGAAGCUGGAAGAGAGGAAGACACAGCUGAAGGAAGAACUGAAGAUGAUCUAUGACCUCCAGAAACAGGAGAGGGAAGUGCUGCAGUCCCUGCAGGAGGAGCAGCAGGAGUUGGAGCAAACAGUACAGCAGUAUGAUACAGAGCUGUGUGCUGCAGCUGAAGACCUUCUGCAGCUCCAGCGGGAAGUGGCAUAUGCCAAAGCACAUGCAGAAAGCCUGCAUGUACAGAUCUCUCCACUGCAGGACGUAUUCGAGGAGAUUGUACAGGUCACAAUUCAGUCACCAUGUUCUUAA